GGUUCAUUACGCUGGCAACGCAUAAACUCAGUGACUACUCCGCUUUCCAAUACAACAAGACCAAUGGCAACUCAACAGACUGCCCCUAUACCAGCCCUUAUACUACCUAGCCGCUGUGACCACUGAUCCCACGAUGGCACCUCGCGAGAGGAUAUUCCUCCCAAUACUAUGCAUGUCAGACACCGGAACAGCGAAGUUAAGUGAUAGCUUGCAUGACCAUGUUCACCUGCCUGCCCAAGCUUAGUUCCGGGGCGGGAGAUGACGAGGACGACAGAGAGCGCCGGUUCGUCUAUAAAGAUCACCAUUCUCUCACCUCUGGAGCCCAUUUCCUCUCAACACAACACGGAAAUUCCAAGCCCAGCCUCCAGACUAAAACAGCAGAAUGCAUCCUUUGAGCACCAUCUCCAUACUCGCGAUUGCCGGCAUUGCCGGCGCCGCCCCAGCACCCGCCCAGCUUGACGAGCGAGCGGGCUUUUGGUCCGUGGCGGGCUGGGGCGGCCCCAACUGUCAGGGGAGCCUUCUCUGGGCGUACACGGGCACGGGCAACUGGUGCCAGAACGUGCCGACCCUGGCGGCGUCGGUCAGCACAAGCAUCAAACAAAACACGCAGUUCGAAUGGCGACCCACUGCCAACUGCGGAAUCAUCAGCCGCGACGACGCCGAUGCCAAUUCGACCGUGUCCGCGUUGGAGGUCGGGCACAAUGGCGGGAAUGCGCUCGCGGCGCGUCAGACGACGAACAGUUGUUCCAACGCGCCCGUCCUGGCCUUCAAGGUCACCUUCGUCUAGCGACUGGGACGGCAAUGGAGUCGCCUGGGCCGGGCACUUCCAUGGAGCGGGGGCAGGUGCACGGUUUGGACGGGGAGAGGGCUGAUUUAUCAUUUGACAGGGGCCUAGUUCUUCACACUACUAGUAGACUUAUUAAUGAUGGAGCAGCUGUAUAUAGGUGGCUGAUAUAACCCCCUCUUUCAGCAGCUCAGAAAAUCCUCAUUCAAAGGGACAUGAUGUAAAACCCCCGAUCCGACGCGAGUGACAUUCGAGCGUCUCCCACUCCACUCUCCUUUCCAAGGUCGCUUCAUCGUACUUCCAUUCAUCAUUCGGCGUACUUAGGGCCACGUACCAAAGGCACACCACCCCCAAAUUGACUCAAAACACCUUGUAUAGAACAGCUACGAGUAUGAAAGACAC